CUCCGGUCACGGCAGCUGGAUGGCAGCGGGCAACGCGUCCUGCACGGACUUCACCCUCAGGGGGCUGUUCGGCGCGGGGCCGGCGGCUGGCCUGGUCUUCGCAGUCAUCUCCGUCAUCUUCCUCACGGCGCUGACGGCCAACGCGGCCAUGAUCCUCCUGAUCCGCGCCGACGCGCGCCUGCACACGCCCAUGUACUUCCUGCUCAGCCACCUGUCGCUCAUCGAAAUGCUGUACAUCUCCACCAUCGUGCCCAAGAUGCUGGCCGACCGCCUGCGGGGCCGCAGCUCCAUCUCCUCGGGCUGCGCGGCGCAGCACUUCCUCUACCUGACGCUGGUGGGCGCCGAGUUCUUCCCGCUGGGGCUCAUGGCCUACGACUGCUACGUGGCCAUCUGCCGCCCGCUGCGCUAUGCGCUGCUCAUGAGCCUCCGCGUCUGCUGGCUGAUCGUGGCGGGCUCCUGGCUGGGGGGCUCGCUGGACGGCUUCCUGCUCACGCCCAUCACCAUGAGCUUCCCCUUCUGCGGCUCCCGGGACAUCGACCACUUCUUCUGCGAGGCGCCCGCCGUGCUGCGGCUGGCCUGCGCGGACACGGCGCUCUACGAGACGGUCAUGUACGCCUGCUGCGUGCUCAUCCUGCUCAUUCCCAUCUCUCUCAUCUCCACCUCCUACGCCCUCAUCUUGUUCACCGUCCACCACAUGCGCUCUGCUGAGGGCCACAAAAAGCCCUUCACCACCUGCUCAUCCCACCUGACUGUGGUCAGCAUUUUCUGUAGGGCUGCCUUCUACACCUAUGUGCUGCCCCUGUCAUUCCACACACCUGAGCAGGACAAGGUAGUGUCCACCUUCUAUACCAUUGUCACACCCAUGCUUAAUCCUCUCAUCUACAGUCUCAGAAACAAGGACAUCAUGGGGGCCUUGAAGAAGUUAUUUGCACACUGCUCACCUGCUCAGAAAGCAUCAAGUGAGGCUUAG